AUGAAGAGGAGGUCAGACGUUUCGCCCAAUUGGCACAACAAGAGACUCAGAGGGAGUGAGAGCGCCGAAUCGAGUGACGGUGCGACGCCGCUAAAGAGUGCACUCCUGACCCCUGGAACAGUGAAGGUGUACCGGCAACUCUCCCAUGUGGCUGCACUAGGACCACCUCUGCCACGGUCGGCAUACGAAGGCUGGACGCCAACUUGCAAACAAGUCUCGGAAUCUGAAGCCAUUGAUCGACUGCUUCAAGCCCACAAAGAAGCACACCCUUCGGAAAGGCCUGAGUACACUUACUUCGAACUCAAUGACUUCUCUGUCUAUAGGCCCACCAGCUCGUACAAGCAUGCACUGGAACUGGCGACAUUGGACCUUCUCAGCCAAGAUCGCUCUGCUGAGUUCUUGUUCGACGGUGUGUUGUCUGUAGGCGACGAGAAGUGCUACCUGCGGGGGGUGCCGUUCCGCAUUCUUGCGAUUGAUGGCUAUGGCGAGCUCGAGAGUACUGACUUAGCCCGCCAAAUGUGCAUCCAGACGCCUCUUGCCCAGCGCAAAGAUGUUUGGUACUCACUCGGCGAGCCUUCAGUCGAGUAUCAGCGCUUUUACACACCGUUCCUAUGGCUGGCACGCUUCACCAAGCACUUCGUGGACUACCUACUCGAGACUGAGAAGGUCACUCUCCAUCACUUUCAAACGCAGUUCCACCAGUGGCUCGAUGCACGAUACAGUGACGACAGCUUCACCUGCUGGAUGGCGGAGGCAAACCUGACGGACUUCCGAACGACUGUCGUGGCGCACUUUGGCUUCCUUCACAAAGAAUGCUACAGCAUUGACUUUGAUCUCUGCAAACACCCUGUCUGGAAGGAGAUGGACCCCAACCGACUUACAGCCAUCCCAGAGCAACCAAAUAAGGAGCACCGAACUAUCGUGACACCGUAUGCAUACGACUGUUUCAGAUCCAUGUACUUUGGCGACCAUCUGGAGCGACGUGAAAUGAAAGACAGCGCCAUACAUACCGUCCUUGCACGAAAGGAAACCCUGCGCCUUACGCCUCAGUGUAUUGGACAGCAGAAAGCACCGGAUACCCUCACUCCGCUGAGUAUGGGACGGAACUCACCGGAGUCCCUUACGAGUUUGGAUCCUGGAGAUGUAGUCUCUGUAACGCCAGACUCGAACAGCAAAUGGACCUCUACAGGCGACAUGUGGUAUGCCUACGUGCAAAGAGUACGUCACUUCGAAGACCGGACACUUCUAGAUGUGCUGUGGCUCUAUGAGCCCGGGGACACCACAAUCGGCAAGGCAUCAUAUCCAUUCAAGAACGAGCUCUUCAUGUCGGAUAACUGUAGCUGCGGCAAGGAUGCUCUUGACCUCGAAUGUGCCGUUGAGAAGGUUCGCAUCUCAUGGUUUGCGGCCGAUCCAAAUGCAGAAACUGGAUUGUUCGUCCGCCAGAAGUUUCGCACCAUUCACGAGCAAGAUUCGUAUGACUUCGUUGCGCUGCAAUACUAUGACUUCACCUGCCACUGCCACGACCAAGUCCCUAUCUUCGAAGAGUGCCGAAGUAAGUACAGCGUCGGUGAUACCGUCCUUGUACGCGAAUGGAACAAGAUCAUGGGCGAAGAUCGGUUACAGCCUGCGCAGAUUGUCGACUUUGACUGUGCGAAGAUGCGGAUCCAGCUGCGAAGUCUUUUGCGCAAAAGCGAAGUGGACCAGACACCAGGAACGCGUCCAAACGAGCUCGUCGUCACAGAUGAUCUCUUUGACAAGCCAGCUAGCUCGAUCGUACGGCGUUGCCACGUACGUUUCUUCACACACGAGCAGGUGAAACUAGGUGACAUUGUCACUCCAUACGACAGAGACGGUGCUGGGGAUCACUGGUUCGUCGCAAGGGAUGGACACACAGAUGAGCACCAGACGCCGCCCUUUCCUAGUUCUGAUGGUAAAUUGCCUUCAAUCAAUCAAGGAUGGGACCCCAACGCCAGACCACCCAAGCCCAAACUCACUGGACUAGGCAUCUUCUGUGGCGGAGGCACGUUCGAUCGUGGGUUGGAAGAAGGCGGAGGCGUCAAGUUUCGCUAUGCCGUGGACUGGGCCGAGAAGGCUCUGCACAGCUAUCGAGCAAAUGUGCAUCGCCCAGAGAGUGUGCAUUACUUCCUUGGAUCCGUGAACGACUACCUGGCUAGAGCUAUGGCAGGCGACAAAGACAACCGUAUCGCAGGCGUUGGCAAGGUCAACUUCAUCAGCGCUGGCAGCCCUUGUCCUGGAUUCUCGGCGCUACAAAACGACAAGAACAGCGUUGAAUCAAGACGCAACGCCUCCAUGGUUGCGUCAGUCGUCUCAUUCGUAGACUUCUACGUUCCAGAGUACUUUGUCCUCGAGAACGUGGUCACUAUGACGAACAGCAUGGGCCCAAAGAAGGACGAGAACGUCUUUUCCCAGAUUGUGGCCGCCUUGGUCGGCCUCGGAUAUCAAGUUCAGCAGUUCUUGAUGGAUGCAUGGUCCCAUGGCGACCCACAGCUCAGAUCUCGUGUCUUCAUCGUGGCCUCAGCGCCUGGUCUUCCACCCCUGCCACAACCGCAACACACCCACUCCCAUCCGCGCAACCUCAAGAUGCCUCACCGUUCGCUCGGCAAGUCAAGCAAUGGCCUCGCCUUUGGCAUGCGGCGAGAAGAGUACACUUCUUUUUCACACAUCUCCGCGGCAGAGGCGGUUGCGGACUUGCCGCACAUUGGAGAUGGCCAGUCUCAGAUAUGUGUGCAGUUUCCAGAUCACCGUGUCCCCGUCACUGAGCCGCACGUCAACAGACAUCGCAUGGCCUGCGUACCACAACUUCCUCCUGGCAUGGGCCUUAUCCAAGCAAAGAACACAGGCGCGCUACGAGGAGAACCGCUCGAGCAUUGCAAGAGGGUCAAUCUGAUCCGCAGCAAGCACAACUCGAAAAUGUACGCUCGAGUCUACCCCGAUAGGCUUUUUCCAACCGUCAUCACCAGGAUGGCUGUGGGCGAUGGUAUUGCGGGUCGAGUCGUCCACUGGAGUCAGAACCGCAUCCUGACCGUCAUGGAAGCUAGGCGUGCGCAAGGUUUCUUGGAUCAUGAGGUCCUCGUCGGCACGGUGAAGGAUCAGAUCAAGAUCGUUGGCAACAGUGUGGACAGGAAGGUCGCGCUGGUGCUUGGACUGGCGUUUCGAGAGUCUUGGAUGGGUGUCAGAGAUGCAAUGGUAGCCAACGUGCCAGAGACUGGCGAGGCUGACGACGAAGAGAUGGAUGUUGAGGAAACAACAGGGAACUCGCCUGGGUACCAUGGAGACGAAGACGCAGAAGAUGCUCGAAGCAUUACCGAAGAUGAGAAGAUGAGGAUUGAGGACAACACCAGAAUCGCAUCUGGAUACUACGAAGAGGAGGAAAGUCAAGCACCAUCAAGCACAGACUCCUCGCCCAUGAAAGCCCCCAACGUCGACAACCGCUCCACAAAGAUGGCAUUGCUGGGCUUAACCGAAGACGACCUGGGAGAAAUCCGAAUCGGAGGCUUCAAAGCCAUCAACCGCAUUUUCGCCCAAAAGGCAGCCGAGGGUCAUCCUGUCACGCUGAGUCCGAAAGCAGUGCGAGUAGAAGGAGGAAGUAAAAGUGGAAGUGGAGAGCAGUCGUCUCCGUCUCCGCGAUGA